CCAAGUCUACGCGAAAAAUAAAAAUUGACGUUUUUGGAGAAAAAGCGCUUUUUUGGAUGCACAGUGCUCCCUGCGAUGCGGAAGUGAGGACGAUCGGGAAGGUUCUGGCCGGGAUGGUGGUGUCCAGAGACAGCUCGUUAAUCCGGCCCUGCAUCAAAGAGGUAAUUUUCGUUGCGGGGGUCCAUAACCAGCAGUCGGCACGACCCAUUACUAAAAGGGUUGCUGAACUGCCGUCGUUGCGAUAUGGGGCAAUUGCGACGAAGACGACGAGUACAGGGCCGCUGAGGGUCAGUUUGAAGCACCACGACUCGGUGGUUUCCAGCAAGAGGCGGUCAGGGACGUAUUCGAACAAUUCGAACGAGAAGAACAACCGGUCGACCCGCCGCGUGCGCUUCACCCUCCCCGCCCCAGAUGGCGCCACCCACUCCGACGACGACGUCGGCGGUGGCGUCGCCUCUCCAACGGCGGGAGACGGCUGGCUGCGAACACGCGCUCCGCCGUUCAGUAAGCGCUCAGAUGCACAUCGUUCAGCAACAAGUGACGAUCAGCGUCGCGCCGCCGUCGACUACACGAUAGUUACGAGCGUCCCGGUGGCGGUAUCGCCCGGAACCAGGAACAGAGUCCAUCCCACGGGAAGGUACAUCAGGGGCACGCUGUCUCCGACGGCCAACGCUUCGCCGCACGCCGCCGCCUCCUCGCCUGGUGGACAGGCGCUGCUGAGGGCGGCGCGCGAUGGGGACGACCACGUGCUGCGGGACCUGCUGCGGAGGGCGGCGCUGGUGGGGAUCGCCGAGAGUGAUUUGAAUGCCGUGGACUGCAGCGGAAGGACUGCACUCAGCUACGUUGCAUCGAACGGGUCGAUAGACCUGUUGGAACUGAUACUACCGUUGCCCAAUCUGGACCCCAAUAAACCCGAUAAUGAAGGCAAUACUCCGUUACACUUUGCUGCUCAAGCUGGACAAGUUGAAUGUUUAAACUGUUUGUUAAGUCGGUGCCGAGGAAUCGAAAUUGAUGCUAGGAAUAAUUUAGGAUUCACUGCACUGAUGAAAGCCGCACUUCAAGGGCGAAACAAAUGUGCCAAACUACUGCUUUUCGCGGGUGCGAACCCGACGUUACGUGACAACGGGCGCGGAUUUCGCGCGGACCAAUGGGCGAGGUUCUGCGGGAGGUACGUGUGCGCGGACGUGAUCGAGAAGCACGCCAGACAGCGACUUCUGGAGCGCAGCACCUCCUACGGGAACUGGGGCGGCGAGAACGAGCUAGGCGCCAGAGUGAUGAUGGGAAAAGUCGUACCCGUGCCGCCGAUCCCGCAGCAAACUUCGCACGGGCUAAAAUCCAAGCUGAAAAAAGUAUUCCGCACGUCUUCCGGGCACGGCCGCAGCGACGACUCCUUCUCCAGCGCCAGACUCGUGACCCAGCUCACCUCGGCGGCGCUGUGCGCCAGCUCCCCCGUGCUUCCAUCGGCCCCAUCCGUGCCCCCGGUGGUGAAGUCGCUCAUCCGGCCCCUCACCGUGCCCAAGCUGCAGAUCACCCUCGUCAACAACAACGGCGACCACCCCAACAACAACCUGAGCAACGGGGUGGCCAAGCCGCCGCCACCCGCCCCCGACUCCAAGACGCCCGUGAUCAAGCCCGGCCGGACCAAGAAGAAGAAAUAGCACCGGUGCGCUCUCUGCGCGCGGUAGAGGACUAAUCGAAGACACGAGAGACUGUGUAGAGUAGGCUGGGUUGUACGAGAUUGUGAUUGUAUAGACAUAUAACUAUUUAAUACUUAUGUAUCGUAUUUGUAAGCACAAUAAUAUAUCGCGAUGUCGACUUUAAAUAACACCAUAAAUCUGCAUAAGUUAAGACUUGUUUAGUGCGGCCAAUAAAUUGGGUAAAUAAACAGGGCAGGGUUUAAUUGAUGGAUGUCUACGAGGCGUAGAUCACGAGUUGGCAGAGACUGUGUAUUAGGAAAAUUGAGGCGGUUAUGAAUCAGGCCGGCGUGCUGCUGGAAACAGGCCAAGACGGUGAUUUGACGAUUUGCAAACGCGAUUAUGGGUUUGCUUAGUCGAGUGUCGGCUGGGAUUCGAGCGAUUGUGGGUAAACGGCGCUUCGCUGCUUCGCCGCUCGAUUUAUUGGUGUACACUGGUUUAUCUUUAUAUCAUCCAGUAGGUUAAGGCUCUACCAUUGUAAUAUUGUGUUUUUGGAAUAUUGACCGUUUGGUUAUUUUAUAAUUUCUAUUUAAUAAACUUAAAUUUUAAUACA